AUGAUGGUUGGCCCAAAUGCAGCUCAAAAGGAGAAUGCGUGGGACGGCUUCACGCAGUCGAAUUCGAUGAUAAUGGAUACCAGUACAGCUCAUUUGCUCUCCCAGAUAACGUUUUUACACAACGAGGUUGAGCGGCUUGAAAAUCAACUGAACAGCAUGCGACUGAAGGCAAUGACGGAGGCAAAGGAGGCUGCUUGUCACUAUGAGCAUAUUAUUGAGCAGAAAGACUCUGAGAUAACCGAGUGGAGGGCUAGAGUUGGGCAGCGGAAGAAUGAAGUUGAUCUUUCGAAACGAUGUGCCGCUUUAGAAAAGCAGCUGGCUGUAGUAAAUGCAGAGAAAAGCACUUUGACACUGGAAAAAAAUGAGAUACAAUCUAGGGCGCGAAAACUUGAAUCGACACUCAAAAUGCGUACGAGCGAAUUGAAGGAGGCGAGUCGUAUUUCUCGGGAAGAACAUACUGUAGUGAGUGAUCAAAAUCUUAAGUUGUCACAGAUAAUUAGGGCAUUGUCUGACGAAAAUAAAAAGCUCAGUCAAGAUCUUGCGAAUCUGACUAAAAAUUCUAUGCUUAAAAUCGACAAACAAACGGAAAUUGAACCUCUUAAUGUCAGGGACUUUGCCAUCCAGGUAUGUUUACCGGAAAAAGUUGAAAAAGAAUGCCAAAUCGAAUCGCCUUUCUUCCUUGUUGAUCCAGAUUCGCAGUCAAUGCAUAAUUUAUGUCAUACAUUGGAGAGAAAAACUCAGGAGUGUGACGCAUUUCGAGCCCAACUCGAGGACUUGAAAGCUUUACAAGAGGAUACGCUUCUCACACUAGAUAGCACGAAGAAGCGCCUGGCUGACGAAAUUGAACGACGCAAAAUGAUUACUAAUGAUGCUGAAAAAUUGUCUAUUCAGGUACACUCAAUGCAGCAAAAGAAUAGUUUUCAAGCGGCGACUGAGCGCGAUCUACUUGAGAAAAUUAAUGCUUUGGAAGAUCAAAACCACCAGUUCCGCUCUGAGAUUAUGAGAUUAGAACAUGAACAUGGAACCUGGGAAAGGCAGUUGAAGCAGUACGAAAAGGAUAUGGAUGAGUUGAUCUCUAACAAAAACUACUCAAACCAGCAACUUAGUCUGUUAGCAAGUGAAAAUGAAAACUUAAGAGCCGAAAUUCAGAGUUUACUAACGCGUGAGUCCCAGCUCGCUUUCUCACUCAAGGCGAAAGACGGCGAGCUUCAAGAAGUUCUUACGGUGUAUCAGAACUCAGUUAAGGAAAAUGACACGAUUUUGGCAAACCAAAGAUUCCUUGAAAAGGAAUUGGAUGGUGUUCGAGCAACUUUGGCAUCCAAAGAGGAGGGCAUCAUCUAUUUUCAAGAGCAGCUUAGCGCCCUGCAUCAGCGGGAGCAGCAGCUUGUACUCGAUCUGCAAGCCUUUGAAUAUGAAAAUGAUCAGCUGCACCGUAAAAUUCUUCACAACGAUGCGCUUGCAGGAAAGCUGGAGAACAAGUGUCAAGAGCUGCAACAACUCAUACAUGCAAAAGAUCAUUCUAUCGAAAAACUACAUCAAAGUUUAGCAGAACUUAGUAAGCAAAUCGUUAUCAAAGAAAAUGAGUGCCUUAUUCUACGACGUCAAUGCGAGUCAUUCGAGUCUGACGUUACAAGAUUGCAGGCUGUAGUUGCGACCGAAGCUCAAAGGAAUCAAAUGGUCGAAGAGUCUAAUGCACGUCUGGUUGCGCGUGAUGUUCUUUCUUCCUCAAAUCAUUAUGACAACAUGUCUAAUCAGGUAAGUGUUUUUAAGCAAGAGCUCGCUUCACGCAGUAAGGAACUUGCUGACCUUAAGGAAAAGCUUCGUAUAGAAUCUGAAACACGACAAAAGCUUGACCAGGACUUGCAGAUUGCCAGGAGUGAUCUUUCGGAUAUCGCAGAGUCAAAGGAAAGACUAGAACGUAUCGUUUUGGAUCAAGCUAAUACGCUUUCUAUGCUUUCCAAGUAA